AGUUUUGUUAAUUUGUUUACAAAACUUGUAAACGCUAUUGAAUGAGAAAUUACAAAUAUUCCAUUUAAUUAUAUUAAUUUUGCACAAUAUAAUAUGCUUUAAAUACUGAUUUAAAAAAGAAACAGUCAAAGUAUACUUUACAUUAUAUGUGAGGGACAUUAAAAAGUGACAAAUCAAUAGCUUUGUUUACCACCAUGGGCAUGUCCCGCUGUUAUUCGUUGAUGAAAUGCUUGCUUAUAGUAUUUAAUGUUAUUUUCUUGUUUGUGGGGGUGGGUGUAUGUGCGUUUGCGAGCUGGGCGCUGUGGGAUGGGCGCGCCAGUGAGACGGGCGCAGGCAGAGCCGGCCUGUGUGUGCUGGCAGCCUGGGCGGUAGCCCUCACUCUAGGAGCUAUCACUGCUUUAGCAGGCGCGGCACGUGGGUCGGUGUCGCUGCUGGCGUUAUCGUUCGCGCUACUGGCACUGACCGCGGCGGCCGAGGGAGCGGCGGCGUGGUGGGGCGCCGCACACCUGCCGCAGCUGCGGCGCGCGCUCACGGACCGGCUGCGGCACACCGUCGCACACGACUACGGCGUGCUGGCAGCACGCACGCACGUCGUGGACGCGAUCCAGCAUGGGCUGCAGUGCUGCGGCGUGGAGUCUGCGCGAGACUGGCAGAAUGCGGCUUGGGCGCGCGCAGAACCGCUGGACCUGUCCGUGGGGGCGCCGCCCUCCUACUACUUGGUGCCAGUCUCCUGCUGCGUGUUUACGUUACGUUUUGGUUUUAAUUAA